AAGAAGAAGAAGAAGAAGAAGAAGAGGUUGUUAAUUUUUUUUUAAACCGUCAUUUUCAGCCUUUAGACACCGUAAUAAUCUCUGUGAUGACAGCGACUGAGGGAAACGAGCUCGGUGGUGGAGACAGCAUCCUGGAGCCUCUGAGUUUUCCAGAACUGGCAGCUGGAGGUACCAGUUCUCCCAGUCUGCUGCAGCAUCCCAGUGACGAGCUGCUGGUUUGCCUCUUCUGCUCAGACUCUGUCCCUCUGCUGCAGAAAGACGUCCUCUUCAGACACCUGCUGCUGGACCACAAGCUGGUCAUUGCUGAUGUCAGGCUGAUUGCCAACCUCCCAAGGUACCUGGUUUACUGGAAGGGCCGCUUUCUGGAACAGCCAGUCACUGAUUUCUGCAGCGUGAUAAAGACCAACUCUACAGGCCCAGUUGACAAACAGGAGGACUACUUCCUGCUGUGUGACGUCCUCCCGGAAGACCGAGUACUACGAGAGAAACUCCAACAACAACGGCUGGAGGAGGUGCUGGAGCAACAGCAGAAAGAGCGAGACGACUGCCACUUCCACCGCCUCUGCUUAUUCUGCAGCGAGGAGUUCACUGGAAACAGGGCGUCGCUGCUGAACCACAUGGCCAGGGAUCACUCGUUCAGCAUCGGGCUGCCAGACAACAUCGUGUACUGCAAUGAGUUCCUGGACACACUGCAACACAAACUGGACAGCCUGCAGUGUUUGUACUGUGAAAAAAUAUUCAGAGAUAAAACGACACUGAAGGAUCACAUGAGGAAAAAAGCUCACCGUCGCAUCAAUGCCAACAACCACGAAUACGACCGCUUCUAUGUCAUCAACUACCUGGAACUGGGAAAAACUUGGGAGGAGGUGCAGAGUGAAGAUGACCGGGAGCUGGUGGACGGUGAGGAUGAUGACUGGUCGGACUGGAGAGCCCAUCCUGUCUCUGCUGUUUGUCUCUUCUGUGAUCAUCAGUCAGAAACCAUGGAGCAGAUUUAUAAACACAUGAAGGAUUCACACGGCUUCGACCUUCAGGAACUAAAGACAGAGAAAAACCUUAAGUUUUACCAGCAAGUUAAGCUGGUCAAUUUCAUCCGGCGGCAGAUCCACCAGAGCCGUUGCUAUGGCUGCCAGGUUAAGUUUGACUCCAGAGCAGACAUGUUGGACCACAUCAUAUCUGAGGGUCAUGUGAUGAAACUGCCGCAGAUGUCUACCUGGGACCAGCCACAAUAUUAUUUCCCAACAUAUGAGAACGAUGCCCUCCUGUGUACGCUGUCUGAAGAUGAAGGGGACGAGACGUGUCAAAGCGAGGACAUACCAGUGAUAGCAGAGGACAUAUCCAACCUAAGAGCGCUAAAACAGAACAGCAUCCUCAACCAGCUCGUGAAAGACAAAGACUCCCGCAGAAAGGAUGAUGGAUAGACUCUAUAUUUAUUAUUUCUGGACUUCUAACAAUAUAGCACUUUCACAGCUUUCUCACUGUGGGGAGACUUCCUGGGGCUGUUACCCGAAAAACGUGAACCUAUAUCUAAGACUUUAACAAAAUAAACAAGCUAAGAUAUGAUUUUGUUGUUUAUUUAAGUCAUGUUCUUAAAUAUAUUCUGCCCAGGCCAUGCAGAUUUGACUAUAAAGGUGCCAGCCUGAUGUCUCUCUGGAUGAAGUGGUCCACUUUUUCAGUUCCUGUGGGGCUUUUUGAUGGUCUCCCCAAGCCAAUUCAAUGUUGUGGGUAGAGAACAAUUUAGCAGCAGUCUGUUUUCACCUAUGCUUUUUUUUUUGAAGUUCCAACAACAAGGCCUGACAGGAAACAGCAGGAUCUCAGAGUCUGAUAAACUACUAAAUAUUGUGAAACAAUCAUUACAACACCUAAAUAAGGUAAACAGACCCACUGUUACAUUUUAGGCCAUAUUAUGCGAUAACUUCUUAUUGGGAAAUUAGUGCAGCACUAACAUCAGAGGUAGGAUGACUUUUGCAAAAAUGAUCUUAAAAGCAACACCGUCAUCAGUUUGGUUGAUGGCAUCUGGAUAGCCUAUAUAAUCAUCUUUUCUUCUCUGAAAUAAAAACGGCAAAUCAUUUUUUUUCUCUUUUUACACAUGAUAAAUUGAUUUGCACUAAUGAAGCACUAGUCAUUCAGUCU